AUGCCUCCAAAAACAAAAACUCGAGAAUCAACAGUUGAAAAAGAAAAAGAAACAACUGUAUUAACGGAAGCACCAACAGCCGUUACUGCUGCACUUCAAGUCAAUGAUAGUGUAUCAACGGAUUGUGAAUCUGGUGGACCUACACCAAUAACUAAAUUAGACAAAUCAUGUGGUAUUGGUAACGCAGAUCUAAAAAAAUUACAAGAAGCUGGAUUUUGUACUGUUGAAUCUAUUGCUUUUGCACCGAGAAAAAGUCUUCUAGCUGUAAAAGGUAUAAGUGAUGCAAAAGCUGAUAAAUUAGCGGCUGAAGCAGCAAAACUUGUUCCAAUGGGUUUUACAACAGCUACAGAAUAUCAUCAAAAGCGUUCAGAAAUUAUUCAAUUAACAACUGGUUCAAGAGAACUUGAUAAACAGUUACAAGGUGGUUUUGAAACAGGUUCUAUUACAGAAUUAUAUGGUGAAUAUCGUUGUGGUAAAACACAAUUAUGUCAUCAAGUUGCUGUUACUUGUCAAUUACCAAUUGAUAUGGGUGGUGGUGAAGGUAAAGCAAUAUAUAUUGAUACAGAAGGUUCAUUUCGUCCUGAACGUUUAUUGGCUAUUGCUGAACGAUAUGGUCUUUCUGGUCAAGACGUUUUAGAUAAUAUUGCUUAUGCACGUGCUUAUAAUACAGAUCAUCAAAUACAGUUAUUAUAUAUGGCAACAGCUAUGAUGUGUGAAUCAAGAUAUGCAGUAUUAAUUGUUGAUAGUGCUACAUCAUUAUUUCGAACGGAUUAUUCAGGUCGUGGUGAAUUAGCUGCAAGACAAAUGCAAUUAGCCAAAUUUAUGCGCAUGUUAUUACGUAUUACAGAUGAGUUUGGUGUUGCAGUAAUACUUACAAAUCAAGUCGUUGCUCAAGUUGAUGGUCAAGCUAUGUAUGGUGAUCAAAAGAAACCUAUUGGUGGUAAUGUUAUGGCUCAUGCAUCUACAACACGACUUUAUUUAAAAAAAGGCAAAGGUGAUUCACGUAUAUGUCAUGUUGCUGAUAGUCCCUGUUUACCGGAAACUGAUGCCGUAUUUGCUAUUGGUCCAGAAGGAAUUGUGGAUGCAGCACCGAAAGAUCUUUGCUGA